AUGACAAUAAGAGAACUACCUGCCAUCCUUCAGGAAAAGGCUAAAAAAGAAAUUAAUGAAAAUCCACGGAGAGUGAUGUCUGAUAUUUCAGCAAUAAGGACAUGGCUUCAAAAACAGUCCCACUUGCAUUCUGUAAAUCCAUCGGACCAAUGGUUAGUUGCAUUUCUGCGUGGAAGCAAGUUUAGUCUCGAAAGAUGUAAGGAAAAGUUAGACAUGUAUUACACGUUGAGGACAAUCGUUCCAGAAUUUCUUUCGAACAGAGAUCCACUUAAUCCAAGAAUACAAGGAAUAUUAAAACUAGGAGUGUUUUUGCCAUUGCAAAAGUGUUCAGAGAUAGAUUCGCCAAGGAUAUGCAUUGUGCGCGUGGGUACCGAAAUUAUGAUGUUCGAGGAUGAUAACUUCACCGUUUCCGGAGAGGAGGUAAUUGUUGAUAUGAAAAAUGUGGGUGUAAACGUGCUUAGCCAGUGGACCCCAGCCUUGGCUAAGAAGGUGAUCACUUGCUUUGAGAAGGCGCUUCCUGUGCGAUUGAAGAGUAACCAUAUCUUGAACACACCAAUUGGCUUUGACACGGCAUAUUCAAUUUUUAAGGCAUUCCUCGGCGAGAAGUUGAAAAAAAGAAUCAAAGUUCAUAAUCAGAAUUAUGCUGCGUUGUAUAAGGAAAUACCAAAACGAGUGCUGCCCAAAGAAUAUGACGGUGAAGAUGGAGGAUUGCAAGAACUUACAGAUUAUUGGCAGGCGAAAGUCGAGAGUUAUCGUAAUUGGUUCCUUCAAGAAGAAACAGUCAAAUCAGACGAGUCUAAAAGACCCGACAAGCCGAAAAGCACUUCCAGCCUAUUUGGUAUUGAGGGCUCUUUCCGAAAACUCGAUGUCGAUUAA